GCACGACUUUACUUCUCAGAGUGCGCGCGAGAAAAGCUGUAAACUCAAUCGUUACAAUGACGUCACAAUGCAUUUAAAAUGAUGCUACGUUUUUAUUCUCGCAGAACGUUACCGGAAAUGACACGAAACGUAUAAAAAUGGACGAAUUAGGGAAAUAAAACGUCAAACUAUUAGUCGAAUAUGAAGGAUGAAUGUUAUAUCUUUUUCUGUAAGAAAACAAUCAGCAUGGCAAGACGAUCACCAACAUUCUGUGCAUAAUUUGGCAAGGAUCACUAGGUCUACAACUUCACAGACGUCCGAAAAUGAUAGUUAUGAAAUUCGUCGUCGACGUGACAGAACAAAGGAUUUGUUUGGAAAACUAAAAGAAAUUGUCACUUCCAAAAAAUAUAGAGAUGUGGAUUGGCAUCGCAUUAUCAUCAAUGUUGGUGGAACUAAAUUUUCAGUGUAUAAUGGCACGAUUAGAACCGUUCCUGGAACUAGACUUGCAAAUUUAAGUGUUAAAAGUGAAGAAUAUGAUCGCAUGAACAAUGAGUAUUUUUUCGAUAGAAAUCCGGAAUUAUUUCCAUACAUACUAGAUUUUUACCGGUAUGGGGAAAUGCACAUUCCCAGAUUUAUAUGUGCAAAGAAGCUGUUGAGUGAAAUGAAAUACUGGGGUCUGAAUGGGUCAUGCUUAUCACACUGCUGUAGGAAGUAUUAUUAUGAUUCCCUAGACGAAAUAUUUGAUUAUGAAGACUUGCAGAAAAUGUUUGAAACCGUCCCUGAAAAGCUUCACAUAGUGGACAGCGGGAGUAGUUUUGGAGACACGGAUAUUCGACACAGAAUUUGGUCACUCUUGAACAACCCGUUGUCGUCAACGUCGGCCAAGGUAUGGUCGAUUUUGUAUAUGACACUUGUCAUCCUGUCCAUCAUCUGCAUGUUUACAAGUACCCUUGCCUCGUGCAGAGUGGAACCAAAAAACACAUUUUUCCAAAGAUACGUACCCAAACACAUUGCAGAAAACAGCUACUAUGUCCUUGUUCCACCACGCUUUACGAAUUUUUCAGAACCCUGUAUCGACCAUUGUGAUACUUUACCCACACACAACAACAGGGUGUUAUCUUUUUUGACUACUCAACCCCACAGUGCUUUACUAUUUUUCGACUUAUUCUGUCUAAUAUUUUUUACGACAGAGAUAAUUUUCCGAUUUCUUUUUGGUAGACGGCGGUGGCGCAUGCUCAAAUCCUUCACGACGAUAUGCGACAUCCUCUAUCUUAUUCCAGCGACGUGUAUGUUUGCAAUCGACUUCUUGGAUCGAACACACUGGCACAAUGUGAACAGAAUCGGAUGGUUUCUUUUACUUCAGACCUUGAUGACUCUCCGAGUUCUACGGUUGUUUCGAUUUACAGCACAUUACCAUGGCCUGAAAACCUUGUGGCUUGCAGUGAAAGCAAGCAAACGAGAAUUGUUUUUGCUUUUUAUUUUCAUGAUAAUGGCGACCACAUUUUUUGCAACAUUUAUCUUUUGUACAGAGUUUUUUGAAGCAACAAGUUAUUACAAUAACAUUUACAUUGGAAUGUGGUGGUCCUUGAUCACCAUGACAACGGUAGGAUACGGCGAUUUUUAUCCAAAUUCUGCUCUAGGAUAUGUCCUAGCAUCCAUCUGUGCAUUGACUGGAAUCAUUUUGAUGGGAAUGCCUGUGCCACUGAUAGCCCGAAAUUUCCAUUCUUUUUAUGGUUUACAGUUCUACCAUGCACGCGAGUAUCAAAUUCAAUAUAUACGACGUGAUGAGGACAUAGACUUGGCGAAGGAAGUUCCUAAAGAAUUGGCGGAAGUAGAAAAACCGGAAGUUAAAAGUAGGCAGAAGGAAGGGAGUGUGAAGGAAGAAUCAAAAGAAACUCAGAAUGACGUGGAGGUUAUUGUCACCGCAGAAAAGACAGGAGAAGAAAAAUUAAUUAACGCUGUUCAGUGUGCUGUAGAAAAGCGCAACAAACUCAUGGCUUUGUUUGAAAAAAAUAAAGUAAGCCCAGUUAAUGAGGACUGUGAAAAUAAAGCAAUGAAAAGAAGACGUCAGAGUCUUUAAAAUCAAGAUUAUACCACAUCUGCAUAUGUAUAAUGUAAAUAGAGAAGGAAUAUGUAUGAUUUGUUGAUUUUCUUGUACCCCCGGUAAGUAAUUGAUUUGUUAAAUGAACUGUUGACAUAAAAAAAUAGAUUAUUUUGUAACUUUGUGCAUAGAUUUUCCUACUUUUAUAUAGAUUUUAAUAAAUAUAUAAUACAAUUACUAAUUUAAAAAAAUACUGAUCAAACCAUAUGUAUUUUGUUUAAGGUAUGACGAGACCUUCCUCGAAAAACUGCUUUUGUAACGUACCAAAUACAUUUAUAGUUCUUA